AUGGAAUCAGAGAGGCGCGAGGGCCAUCGGGGCUCGACCACGUUUAUGACUCGUGCCCGCACGCGAACUAUUCGUAAGCUUUCCAAAAGGAACUUUAUUAGCGGUUUCAAUGAGUCAAUUGGAAAAAAAACAGCGCAAAUUUCAGAAGAAGGGAAGAAAGAAAAAAGUAAGAUUACGGUAUGCGGAAUAGAAGGAAAAGACGGCGCUCUGCGGAGGGUACUGUGGGGCAUAAUGGUAGGUACCGAUAAACGCGCAAUAGAAUGUAACCUUCUCAGAAGGUUGGGUGGGAGUCUGCGCAGGAGGCAGGCAAGCUGCCGGUGGUGCGCGCAGCACAGCUGCGCUGUGCUGCGCGCAUUGGUCGUGCAGGCAAAUUAA